GUCUUUGUAUACGUGCUUUGAACAUCUAGUAGAACACCAGGAGAUUUAAAUCUAAUUUUGGCUCUAUAAACAGGAAGUAAAUUACACAAGUCGCUCUGAUCUCAGGGCGUUACCUUGAUUCAGGACUCAAGUGAUGGAAAUAUCUAAAUCCCUAGAACCACCCGACGCCCAGCAUUAUUUGGUGUGUGGCACUGAAGACUGUGAGAAGAACUGCCAGUUUUACUGCAAUGACUGUCACCAACCAUUGUGUGAACAAUGCAGAGAUGAACAUCAGAAGAAUAAGAAAACAAAGAACCAUGAAGUGGUCCCUUAUAAACAACGCAAACGUCAACUUCCUGUAGAGAAAUGCAAGAUCCACCCAUCAAAAGACAUAGAUCUUCUCUGUGAGCAAUGCCAGAUUCCCAUUUGUUCUAAAUGCACAGCCACAGAAGAACACCGCGGCCAUGUGUUUACCGACCUAGAAAUUGUCUUUGCUGAAAAAUGUUCGCUUUGUCAUGUAGAAAUUACCAAAAUUCGAAGCUAUUUUGAGCCUACUUCUCAAGAUUUGAAAAAGGAAAUUGUUGGAAAUGUCACAGAAAUUAAAAAGAUCAUGAAAGAUAUAAGAACAUCUAUGAAGGCUGAAGCUGAGUCUGUGAAAAAGCUGGUAGACACAGUCACAUCAGAAAAAAUGGAACAAGUCGACAAAAUAGAACAGUCAUUAUUAGAAACUUUAAGCGGUCAAAAUAAAAAAAUGCAUGACUACAUUAACUAUCUCAAUGAAUUGAUCAAAAAAUUUUAUGGCUACCUAUCUUCCUCGGAUAUUGACAAUUUAACAUUUGCUCUCAAAUCAGAAAACCUAAUGAUACAACCCAUACCAGAAACAUUCAAACCAGUCCCACCCGUAUUUACUGCUGGUCAAUACAGCAAGGAAGAUAUUGCCAAACUGCUUGGUAGAAUAACUGUUCCUAACACUAAACCAGAGAACAGAAAAAUAAAACCCAUGGAGACUGCCUCUACAGAAUUGAAACUUACAGGGAAACAAGACAGAGAGAAAUCUGACGUGAAACAAACACUGUCUCUGUCUUCUGCUGUCACCAAGGUCAGGGAGUUCAAAGUACCAGGUGUUAGUCGUGUAUAUCAUAUAUCACUGGGUAAAUCAGGCAGACUCUGGGUCAGUGAUUAUAUAGGUAACCUUUUCCAAACAGAUCUACAGGGGAAUAAGCUACAGAUGAUACGAACCAGUGGUGAAUCUGAAGGCUACCACACAGUCACACAGGGCGGGGGUCUGAUCUAUACAGAAAAAUACCACAAAGUCAUCAAUAGGAUAACACCAGAUAAUUCAAUCACUGAAUUCAUUAAAACAGGAGACUGGACACCAUUCAGUUUACACUCCUCCCACAUCAAUGGGAACAUGCUGGUGGGGAUGAGGAAGUAUGAAGAGGUUAAAGUCACCAGGUACAACAAGACAGGGACAGAAAUACAGAACAUACAGAGAGACAACAAAGGACAGGAACUGUAUAGUCGUCCAGACUACAUCACAGAAAACAUCAAUGGUGAUGUCUGUGUAUCAGACUAUAACAAACAUGCUGUAGUGGUGGUGGAUAAAUCCGGACAACACAGGUUCUCCUACACAGGUCAGGGGUCAGGGUUUAAUCCCUUUGGAAUAUGUACUGAUGUACUCGGUCACAUCCUGGUGUGUGAUGUUAUCAGUAAAACAGUUCAUCUCCUGGAUCAGGACGGUCAGUUCUUGUCUCUACUACUCACAUCACAACAAGGGGUACAUAUUCCCUGUAGUGUGUGUGUGGACGAUGAGAACAAUCUCUGGGUGGGAGAUGUUGCAAACACUGUGAGAGUGUACAAGUAUCUACAGUGAACAUUAUAUAUCCAUACAUCAAUUCGGUACUGUGUGUAUGCUGUGAGACAAUGUAACAACAACACUGUGAUAGUGUACAAUUACUGGUACAUACAGUAUUAGUGUACGUUAGUACAUGUUAGCGUUUUUCACCCUGUGCAUGUUUAUAAAGUUAAAUAUAAUGAAUCAUAUUAAUUGCUAAACAAUUGACAAAUAAAAAUGCAUGUAUUAUAUUUCCUAUUUUAGCCAUUAGAUACUUAAUUUCAAUUUUUGAUUGAAUCUUGAAAAUAGUUAUCAAAAGGAAUACAUAUAUUAAAUUUCAUCUAGCAAUGAUUGAAGUAAUGCAAAUGUUUUACGAAAUACAAUGAUAUCAAAACCGUACAAUGUAAAAAUACUACAGAACAAUAUUUAAUUUUCAGUUUUUCAUCAAUUGAUGAAUUUGAAUAAGAUGUACAUAUUUGACAUCUUACUACAUGUACAUGUAAAAUGCAUUGACAAAAAAGAUUCGUUUGAUUCACAGACAAUGUAGAUUUUAAAAUUAAGGAAGCUAUUUCUGCCUGGUAUUUUCAUCUUAAGAAAUUUUUUUUUAUUAAAAAGAAGAAAAAAACCUAAAACGUUUUUUCAUUAACACGCAAACGGUACACAGAAAUUAAAAAAGGUAAAAGAACAGCAUUUAAUAGAACAAAGGGAGGAAACUCCUAAAACGAAGCUGCCGAAAGUACAGUCUUUUCAUUAAAUCAGGGACGACGGACCUGAUAUGUUGCACAACUACUACGAACAUCGAAAUCAAAAUAUUACGUCACAAUCACUA